AUAAUAGUUGAAACAUUUGAGGCAACACUUUCUUUAAUCCACGUUUUUAUUAAAAUUAGUUAAAAUGAAAAAAAAUAUAUAACUUGAAUUAAAUUGAACUGAAAAGUAGGUGGUAUUCGAAAUAGAGCUAAGUAGAUGAAUAGUCGCGUGAAUAAACCGUGUGGUGAUUGCAUUGUGGGCAGGGCAACGGAAUUGGAGAUGUUGCUGACACAUGUUCGGCUGCUGCGGCAAAAAGUCCGCCGCCGCUGCCGCCAAACGACCAAACGACAAGAGCCACCGCGCCCUCUGGAGGGGUUCGAAGGACGAAGUCGCCGUGGCAACGAAUGCUAGUCUCGGAGCCCUUUUCGACACCACCAGCAGCAGCGACGGAGGCGGCGAUGGAGCAGGAGGGGGAAAGGAUUCAUCGCGCGGAAAGCUACCGUCGUAUUAUCGAAGCUGCAGAAAACGGCGACGCAGACGGCAUCUGCUUCUUCAAUCGAUUCAAGCCAACAAAGCGCUACGGAAAUAUUGAACGCGUGCCCUGGACCAGAAGCAUCAAAAUCUUUGAAUUUUUUAACGUACGUAGAGCAGAAAGAAGAAUAUAUGAAACUUACCCCGAAGACAAACACUUACUUAAACUAGUAAACAAAGAUGAAACAGCAAGUAAAACCCCAGAUGAAGAAUCAUCCACGGUGAACACAGACAAACCAGUAUCUCCAAGAAGAGAGGAAGAUAAACGUCUAGACCGACGUUUUUGGAAGCAGUUAAGCCGCCGACGUAGCAGUCAAAAAGGCAACAUUCCUGUGUAGAUAAAAAAACACUUCAAACAUAAACUCAUCCCUCCUUGUCAAAUCAUAAGCUCAAUCUCAAGUGAUAAGUACAAGUGCUUCGAUCCAUUGUACAUCACGAGCUUAAUUUAUAAUAUAUACUUACCCUUAUUAAUAAACUUUAGAAAAUGUAGAUAAAUGUAAAAAUUAAAGUUAUUAUUAUAAAUUAAGCCUGCGACGUUUUUAUAUGUAAUCAAAAUUACUAUCAAUUACUAUUGUUGAUUAUCGCAUUUGCCUUUUAGCUUAUAAUACUAUUGGCACUAAUUAAAUUUAAACUAGA